AUGAGCACACCAAAGAGCGCUUCAGCAACACGAGCUCGUCUCCAAAGGCGUCGAGCGUUGUUGCGAACUUUAAAACUGUGGAUACCGCGUCUUCGUUUCCUAUUAUUCGCUAUCGGGGUUGGCUGGCUUUUUGUUCUUCCUUCAAACGAAUAUAACAAACAUACUUAUAUCUCAGAAAACGCGCUUCUUCCGGGACAGGUUAAUACGUAUUAUAGUUGGCCACAGGUACACGAAGCUAGUGUCUAUCGUGAUAACAUUGAAAGUAUAUCAACCUCCAGCAUAGAAAGAACUGCUUAUAUUGAAAAUGAACUUCGUAAAGUAGGAAUAAAAACGGAGACCCAAAAUUUCACUGUAAAUGCCUUAGGAAAGGAUAUUAUAAUCUUAAUAACGGAUGGGGGCGAAGCUGGUGUUCAAGCCUGGUUAGAAGCAUAUCACGAUAAUCCACGUUCAGAUAUCAUGUCGAGUCCUUUGUUUUUACGCUCGGGUGCCAUUCAGGCUGCAGUUAAUUUAGAUUUACCUGGGACAAAAGAUUACCAAGUUUUAGGAAUAUUUUAUGAGGGUGUUAAUGGACAACUUCCAAAUCUAGAUUUAAUAAAUACAAUAGUUCGAAUAGUUCGUAUUUCAGGUCGAAUUCCAAUCAUGCUGCAUGAUACUGGUCAUGUAUAUUGGGCAAACGAUCAUGGUGAUUAUUACUCUUCUCUAUACAACUUGAUGCUGACAAUGAAAUAUCAAGCGUUAGGACAUUCAACGGGAAGCCAUGGAUUAUUUUUCAGAUAUAAAAUCGACGCAGUUACUCUCUAUGGUCAUAGGAUGGAGGCGUCUCAUCAACCAUUCAUGUUUCUAGAAAUUGGAACUGCAGUCGAGUCAACGUUUAGAAGCUUGAAUAAUUUACUUGAACAUUUUCAUCAGUCUUUCUUUUUCUAUCUUUUACCCUCGCCUGAGAAAUAUAUUUCAAUCGGCUCUUAUUUACCACCUUCCAUCCUGCUUGCGCAUUCACAAUCUUCCAAAGAGCCCAAGAUAGAACAGAAAUUUCCGACUCCUUCUCCAUUCAAUAGAAGGCCACGUCGAAUUUUAUUCUCUUUGACUGUAUUGAUUACGACUCAUGCUACCGGCAUCAUGAUUUUUUUUAUGAUUAAAAAUUAUUUCCUUCUCAAUAAACUGGCUAGCCUUUUGUUUAUUCAGGAUUAUUUCUUGGUUUUGGCCUUGAUUAUAUUUAUUUUAAUAAAAGUCUCGUUCGUCUUAGUCUCUAUUAUGGAAAGUCGCGCUCCAACUAAAAAUCAAAUUGCCCAUAGAAUUGAAAAAACGAACGAUACGAAUUCUCAAGACCGACCACAGCAACUUGAACCAGCUGCCGAUUGGAUUAUUUUGAAAUGUUUUACACUUGCAUUCACCGGCAUGAUAAUAUCGUGUCUCUCCGUGCUGAAUUUCAGCCUAGCCGUCUUUACUGCAUUAAUCGUGAUCAUCCCCUUUUCCUUAUUUCAGCCACAUGAAUCAAAAGCAAUUCGUUAUUUUCAAUUAUUUGUAUUAUGUUUAAUCUCCCCGCCUGGACUUCUUUUGUUAUCUGGCGUAGAUGUGGGCAAUUUUUUGAAAUCUACUUUGAUGGAAUAUCAACUGUUGGGUAACUAUAUAGUUCCAUUUGUCUGUUGUUUAUACUGGCCUAAUGUAUUAGCUUAUACUGUGAUUGUACAAGCACCAAUAAAAUAA